GUGACGGCCACGCCGGUGCCCCCGGCGGGGUUCCCGUGCCCGCCGGAUGCCGCCGGGACGGCGGGAGCAUCGCUGUGACCGCUGCCAGCCGGGCCCCGCCACCGGCCGCCGGCUGAGCCCCGGGCGUUGAGCGGGCGGGCGGGAUGGCCCCCGGCGCCCCGUGAGGGUCGGGGCCGCGAGGCCAUGCUGCUGGGCCCCUGGCUGGUGGCGGCGGCGGCGGCGGUGGCGGCGGCGGCCGGCGCGGGCUGCCCGGUGCUGUGCAGCUGCCGCGGGCAGGCGGUGGACUGCAGCGGGCAGCGGCUCUUCUCCGUGCCCCCCGAGCUGCCGCUGGACACCGGGAACCUGAGCCUGGCGCACAACCGCAUCGCCAGCAUCCCGCCGGGCUACCUGGGCUGCUACGGGCAGCUGCGCGCCCUCGACCUGCGCAACAACUCGCUGGCAGCGCUGCCGGCGGGGCUGUUCCGCGGUGCCCGGCGCCUGGCGCACCUGGACCUCAGCUACAACAACUUCAGCCUGGUGCCCGCCGACAUGUUCCGCGAGGCCAGCGGGCUCCUGCGCCUCGACCUCAGCCACAACCCGGGGCUGCGCCGCGUCCACCCCCAGGCCUUCCGCGGGCUGGCCCAGCUGCGCGAGCUGGACCUGAGCUACGGCGGGCUGGCGGCCAUCAGCCUCGACGCCCUCGAGGGGCUGCCCGGGCUGGUGGGGCUGCGCCUGGGGGGCAACCCCUGGCUCUGCGGCUGCGCCAUGGAGCCCCUCCUCAAGUGGCUGCGGGGCCGCAUCCAGCGCUGCGCCUCGGAUUCGCAUCAGGCCGAGUGCUGGGCCCCCCCUGAGGUGGCAGGGGCCCCCCUGCUCUCACUGACGGAGGAGAGUUUCCAGGCCUGCCACCUCACGCUGACGCUGGACGACUAUCUCUUCAUCGCCUUCGUUGGCUUCGUCGUCUCCAUCGCCUCGGUGGCCACCAACUUCCUGCUGGGCAUCACAGCCAACUGCUGCCACCGCUGGAGCAAGGCCAGCGAGGAUGAGGAUGUCUAGGUACCGCUGCCGCCACCGCCGCCGAUGGACCCCCGCCCCGGCCACCCCCCGGCCCGGCCGCCCCCGCGGGGACACCGGACUGUGCCUUGUCCUCGUCCCCUCCCGCCGCCCCCUGCGCCAGGGUGGCCCUCGAGACGCCGGGGACACCAGGGGACAGACCUGCUUCCUUUUGCCCCAAAAUGGGGAGUUUUUGCCCCUGCUCCCCCAUCACCGUGAGCUUGGACCCCCUCCUGUUCCCACUGCCCGGGACUGAUGGAGGCAGCAGCUUGGGGGUCCUGAGGAAGCAACCCCCCACCUCUGCCUGGGAGAGACAGAGACCCCAAAAGCUGUGUGCGCCUGGGGAGACUGAGAAAGUCCCUGCUUGCAGCCCCAAAGCAGCACUGCUGGAGCCCCCCCAAAUCCUGCCCACACUCUCCAGCCUCCCCAGAAAUCCAGGGGGGCAGAAGGUGGUGCUGGCACCCAGCUCAGCACCACAGCUCCAGGGAACACCUGCGCCUUGCCGGUGACACCAGGAGGUGCUGGGGCAGCACCGGGACCACCAAGCCUGGCAGUGGGAUGGGCUGUGACAUCUCCCAAGUCCGGGAUCUCCCGGGGAUGGCCUCUCCCUCCUCUUCAGGGCCAAACCGGGCACCCAUUGCCCACCCCCAGGGGAGGGUCGGGAGGCGAAAGGAGCAUCAAAAAAGGGGGAAAAAAAAGAAAAAAAAAAAAAGAAAAAAGCAGAAAGCCAACGACCCUCUGUCCGGCUGGGGCAGCCACGUCCCCAGUCCCCAGUGCCUGUGUCCCCUGUCCCCUGUGUAUGUUGAGCACCCUGGAGGGGGUCGAUUUAACCCCAACCCACUCCCAAAGGGCUGCGGCUGCACCCCCAACCCCAGCGCUGCCCCCGGGAAGGGGCAUUUGGCCUCUGCCUUCUACAUUUUCUCUGUUUUUUUUUUAUUAUUUUCCUCUUGGUGAGUCCUCCCCGCCCCGUUCCGCACCCCCUGCACGGGCACCUCCUCCCGCAGCCACCUGGGGGCACCCAGAGCACGGGGCAUCCCCCUGCAUCCCACCGGCUCCUUCCUCUGCCUCACCCUCAUCCUCUUUUUUUUUUUUUUUAGUUAAUUUUAUUGUGUUUCUCUUUUGUUUCUCUUUGCCUUUUUACUUUAUUAGGUUUCUGUCACUUUCCUUUCCGUUCCUUUCCGUCCCUUUUCCUUCUAUCCCUUCCCUUCUUUCCAUCUU